AUGUCCAGCCAAUCAGUUCACGGAUAUGCAAAUGACCUCGAGCACUGCAUCGUCCCUGCCCAGCCGGUGACGUCAUCCGCACAUCUCUCUGUCUGGCUCCGCAAGGACUCAGAGCNGGGAGAUGCACUGGACGACCAGAGAGCUCUGCAGAUCGCCCUCGAUCAGCUCUCCCUGCUCGGCUUGGACAACGACGAGAAUCCCCCGUACGACAACCAGGAGCCCCGGAAAAAGAGCGUCAACAUGACCGAAUGCGUCCCAGUUCCUAGCUCUGAGCACGUGGCUGAGAUUGUUGGCAGACAGGGUUGCAAGAUCAAAGCACUGCGAGCAAAGACCAACACCUACAUCAAGACCCCAGUUCGAGGCGAGGAGCCUGUUUUUGUGGUAACAGGCAGGAGGGAAGACGUGGCUAUGGCCAGGAGGGAGAUCAUCUCUGCUGCUGAACACUUCUCCAUGAUCCGAGCCUCCAGAAACAAAAAUACUGGUCUGAAUGGGAGCAGCACCCCAGUCCCUGGACCACCCAAUCUGCCUGGACAGACCACCAUCCAGGUGCGGGUGCCUUAUCGUGUGGUGGGGCUGGUUGUAGGCCCAAAAGGUGCCACCAUCAAGCGCAUCCAGCAGCAGACCCACACCUACAUUGUGACACCCAGCCGAGACAAGGAGCCGGUGUUUGAGGUGACGGGGAUGCCGGAGAAUGUGGACCGAGCACGUGAAGAAAUCGAAGCCCACAUCGCCAUGAGGACGGGAGGCCUAAUUGAGCUCCAGGAUGAAAAUGACUUCCAUGCCAAUGGGACUGAUGUGGGUUUUGAUCUGCACGGACACGCCACCCUAUGGUCCAAGCCAAACGCCGGGAUGACCCCCACCUCAGUGCGUAAACCCUUCUCCAACUACCGCAACAACUCGUCCUCCUCCCUGGGCAGCGGCUCCACGGAUUCCUACUUUGGUAACAGCAGCUCACGUAUGGCAGACUACAGCCCUCCCAGCCCCACACUCAGUUAUGCCACAACCAACAAUAACGGCAACAACAAUAACAACAACAUCAAUGUCAACACCAACGGCAACGGGUUUGUUUAUGGAAGUGAGUUGAUCUCACCUGACUGCACUGAACUGACUUUUGACUCCGUGUCAGGGUUUGACCCUACGCUAACCCCACCAGGCCUCCUGUGGUCCCAGUACGAUAGUCGCAUGACCCCCUCCUCCACUGGAGGCAGCUCCCCCACCUUGACCUCAGCCAUAUUCCCCACCAACACCUCCACUAAUGCCAAUGUGAUAGUGGUUAGUCAGAAAAGGUUGAAUGGUUGUACCCCACAGUCCAGACUGUCGCCUCCCCUCCACAGCCACACGGGAGGAUCCAGUGAGCACCCGUUAGCCCGGAGGGUGCGCAGCGACCCAGGCGGAGGCCCGCUCAGUUUCCCUGGCUAUUCCAGCAUUAUUGCCUCCCUGCAGGGCCCUCACCUCCCUGGGGUUCCAUGCGAUUCCUCUGCCUCGUCAUCGUCGUCGUCCUCUUCCUCCUCCUCCUCCUCCACUUCCUCUGGCACUAGCCGAAAAGGCAGUCGCGACUGCUCGGUGUGCUUUGAGAGUGAGGUCAUUGCGGCCCUGGUCCCCUGUGGACACAACCUCUUCUGUAUGGAAUGUGCCAAUCGUAUCUGUGAGAGGAGUGAACCCAAAUGCCCUGUCUGCCACACUGGCGUUACUCAGGCUAUACGUAUAUUUUCAUAAAAAGUGAAACUCUGUGACUGUCUCUUUAUUGAGACAGUCUACAAUAGCAACAAACAGACUCCUCAUACUGCUUUAAUGAAAUCACCCAAUCAUCAGUUUGGAAAUGUACAUAGAUAUAUAUGUGUAUGUGAGAGGCUGUAGUAUCCAGAAGAAGGGACAGGCACCCUUUUUGGGCUCCGUCAUAGUUUUUGCUAAAGAUACUGUAGCUUGGGGAAAUAUUUUCUGCAUCUAAGUGCAUGUUUUAAAUGUUACAGCAUAGUAAUCAAUAGUUCUAGUAAAUUGUACCCUAUAUUUAUGAAGUGAAGAGGCACAGUGGGGUCAAGACGGAGAUGCGUGGGUCAAACUGUAGACUGUUAGCUGGCUGAGCCCCCCAGUUUUGCUGAUCAAAUGUAGUAAGGAGAGGCCAUGGCUAGGAAACAUGGAAGGCCUCUAGCCAAACAGGACUUUUGACUUAGCAAGAUACUGCAGCUUAAGGUCAGAAACCAUGCAAGGGACGGAAACAACAUAUCCUACAUAUAUAUGAAUAGAAUCAAUUUCCACAAGUUGAGUUUUAAAUGACAUUAAUACAGAUUGAAGUAUUUUAUUCGUUUUUUGACUUGAAAGAUUAUAUUUCUUAUUGCAAAGAUGUUUACAGAUAUUUUAAUUUAAGUUCAGUGAACUUUUUGUAGCUGGGUUGAAAUAUUGUUUAUUUUUUAGUAUGGCCUUAUGGCAUUGAUCACUGUAUUAUUUUAAUAUCCCAUGACUGUAGGAGAAAACCCACAUCCACAAAAUGUGUAUUGCAUUUGACAAUAUUCUGUUGGUAUGGAGUUUUCAUAGGUUCAGCAAAAAAAAUGUGUUUCACAUCUGCGUCACCCAGAAUAUUUUUUAUUCAGUAAUAUAAAGCCUAUUUUAUUCUAUAUUAAUAUGAAACAUUGAAAUGUACAAAACUUAGUAAGUUGAACACAAAGAAACCGUUUAUGCUUUCUAAAAUUUGUAUGAAUUAGAUUCCAGUGGGAAUUACAGGCUUCUGUUGCACCACUAUAGUUUUCGUAUUUCUAUUUUAAUACAUUUGUUUACCACUUGUUUAUGUAUAUGAAGGUAAAGUUACUUGAGGGUAAAUGUACUUUAUUGAGCAAAGUUUAAGAACAAAGUAUAUAUUUUAUUUUAUGAUAAAGGGCCUUUAACCUCAUGGUCAAAUACUAAUAUUAUAUUUGCUGAGACAAGAUUUGAAAAUGUAUCAAGAGUUUUAUUUUUCUGACAUUUAAAGUUAUACAUGAUAAAAAGUAAAUCUUAAGUAAUGGUGCUACAUCAUGUUUUUUUAAGUAUUUCUAUACAAGUCCAAUAAAAAAAUGGUACAUUUACAUGGUGUGUGCCUGUGGUGUUCUUCCUGAACUGCUGUGUUUUGUUGUGCUGGUAUUGAGAGCACACAGAGGUGAGCAGGGAGGCUGUGGAGGAUUGUGAAAGUGAACACUUUUCUAAACAUCUGACCCUCUCUGCUUCCUAAUAGAAGCUCGGAGGCGGCAGGAUUAUCACAGUGGCCUAAUUAUUGAGUGUAGGCUGUGCCAGUCAGACAGAGGGGGACUUGGCCUGCCUUAUCACUAAUUAGUAGUGCUGUUGACCUAUCCUUAUACAGCCUGCUACAAAGACCAUAAUCUGGUUCUUCUGGGAAGUGAUGGGUUUGGGUUUUGGUCAAACAAGAGGAGACAUUUUAACAUGUAACCUCUGGCCCUGGGAAUGUGUCAUGUUUAGUGACUUCAUUUUAUAAAGCAAAUAAUGAGUGAAGAAUGUAAAAGGACAUAGAGAAGGACUAAAUUACAGAGCACAAGUUAAAGGGGUUGAUUGAAUCUCAUUUCACCUGGAGUUGUACCUUGUAUAAUUACAUGUAACAAAUAAAUGAUGAUUGAUUGAAUUUGUUUAAUUGCAAUAUCAAGUUUCAGAGAUUUAGUUAAGAAAACUGCAUUUCAGAGAUACAACAUUUUUGUGAGGGAAAACAAGCAGGGGCCCCUGAAUUUCUGUGUGGAAAUGUCUUUGUGUUAAUUUGACAAAUUGGUGGCUGCGACUCAGGAAGUAAAGUGGGUCAUCCGCCAGUCAGAAGAUGAUGGUUUGAUCCCUGGCUCCUCCUGUCCUUAUGUUGAAGCAUCCUUGGGCAAGACACUGAAGCCAAAUUGCUCCCGAUGGCUGUUCCAUUGGAGUGUGAGCGCAUAUAAAUUUAGUAGCAGGUGGCACCUCGAAUGGUUACCUCUGCCACAAGUGUGUGAUUGUGACAUAUAGUGUCAAAGUGUUUUGAGUGGUUGGAAGACUGGAAAGGUGCUAUACACAUGCAGCACCAUUAACAGUUUAAUUACACAUUGGUUUUGUAACAUGCACCACUCAAAAAACUAUUUCAAAAUGGCGAUGGGAACUUCUUUUCCAUUAAUUAAUUAUUCACUGUUAGAAAAUUUGAAAGAUUUCCAUAGUAAUAAUAAUAAUCUUUUAUUUACAAUAGCAUAACACAUAAGAAAAGAACAGCAAAUCCUACAGUUUAGAAGCUGGGUCAAGGGAAUGGCUUUCUGGUUAAAAUACAGUAGUUGCAGAUUAUUGUUGAUCAGCUGACUGAUUAAUGGACUAAUUGUUUCUGUUCUCAUUACACACUAACUUAUGAGCCAAUGGGCCUUUGGGCUCAGACAUGCAGGAGGCCUCACCUCUCCAACAUGGGAGCAAGACACACAGACUUUAUAGUUGUUGUUUUGCAUUUCUUUGUAAUUGUUAGACAUCUCUUUGUGGUUUUGUGUCUCUCUUUAGUUACUUUGCAUCUCUUUGUCGUAACGUUGUGUCUCUCCGUGGACAUUUUAGUCUCUGUGGUCAUUUUGUGUUUCUUUGUGGUAAUUUUGAGUCCCUUGGUAGGUGUUUUUUGCGUCUCUGUGAUUGUUUUGGCCCUCUGAUUAGUCGCCAUUAGUCUCCUAAUGUUUCUUUGCAGCUGUUUUGCAUCUCUUGUAGUUGUAUCUCUUUGUGGUCAAUUUGACCCUUCCUGGUGGGUAGGUGUUUCUCUUUGAGUGACUUCUUGCAGAUGAAGGCCGGGGGGGCCCUGACACUUUGGGCCCCUUGGCCCAGCUCAGUAAUCCAUCCAUGGUGGCAGGGUGCAAAUACCAGUCAGUGUCUGUGACUUUGGACCCUAAAUUCUGGUACAAGUAACUCAACAUACCAACACUCACACACCAAUGCUGAAUGGGCGAACAAUAUCAGGCGAGUAUACUGCGAAAGGAGGUUAAUGGGUUGGUGCGGUGAGUCUGAUGUUGGAGUGUUAAAUGUCACAAAGGUGGAUCUCCUUUAACCUGGUUAGAUCUCAAUGGUAACUUGCGCUGCAUACUUAACCUGCUCUGGAGGAGAUUAUGUUCUCAGUUUUGGAAGAAAUGUGGCUGUAAAAAAGCCCCUUUCACAAGACCGCUCCUUUGGAAAUUGGGUCACCAUUCAAAAUCUUGAGAGGUUCUGUCAGAGUGUGAUUAGAGACCCAAUAGAUCUGUUGGCUUUUCCUGACUAUAUUCUCUGUGGGUGAUAUAGAUUUUCAGCUGUAUAUGCAAACUUGUUGAGACAUAACAUUAGACAAGUUACAUGAAUAAUGCCACUGAACGAGGCCAUGCAAUUACUGUAGCAAAAACUGUAUGCAUUUUUUUUAUGUUAACUCAGUUGAGGCAGAGAAUGUGAGUAGGAAAAAUUUUUUUCCACUUGUGUGUUUGGUGUUGCUCUCAAAUGCUGUUAUUGACAAAUAAAAGCAUCAGUAAAAUUCAUUUCAAUUUUAUUUGGCUAUAAAGUAAAGGGAUUUCCAUGUCUACUUCAUAAUGGGACAGUGUCAGUACACGUAAAUGUAGUAUAACAUUUAAAUCCGCUGCAUGGAGUUUGAAGUGUAAGAGCUGUAGAAUGUGCAGCUGUCACCUUAGAAAUAAAUGGUAGGCAUUGUGAGUGCAUUGAGUGGAAAAAUAAAUAUGUGUCAUAAUCAUGUAAUUUUCUGCCAGCAUUCCUCUACUGCCUUAUUUGCAGCUACAUUGUUGCUUUUUAGUGUAAUAUAUAUAUAUAUUUAAAUAUUCUGUAUAGCUAUUCAUUCUAAUAAUGGGCUUCUCUGAAGUAGGUGGCAUGCAAGUGGAUUGUGUGUGGUCGCAGAGUCGAACGACACGCCAAACGCCCUCUUUAAUGAGAAUGUGUACAAAGCCCGAUGAAGAAAACCUGGUUGACAAAGAAAGUUAAUAACCACUGUCAUGGUACCCGUUGUCUCUGAUUGGGAUUUUAGAUUUUAUUGGGACAACUAAGGCAAAGAAUGACUGGCUAUGGUGAACUUGCUUCGUAGUACACCCCUCAGGUCUGGUAUAUGAGCAGCAAUGGAUCAUUGACUGACCUUAAGAUUUAAUGAGGGAAGCGACUUUUGAUGAAAGACAGUGGGCUUUUAACCAACAAACAUUUUAAGACUUAUAAAAUCCAACAGUCAACUGACAGUGGCUCAGCCUUUCUGGUAUCCAGGAGCUGAUGUGUUUUGUCCUAUGAAUGUGUAAAUGUGAUUGUAAGUACCUUAAGCAAAGAAUGUCCAGUAAGCACAGAGCUCUUGGAAAUGCAAUAAAAAGAAGCAAUGCUGUGUUUUGGUAUUCCAGCUAACUUUAACCCCCUGAACUAUGGGUAAAUCGGUAUUGUCUCAGCAGGGGAUAUUUUGUCUGCCAAUAAUGAGAGGGGUACAUAUUUUUAUAAUUUCAUUUAAUAUUCCA